AAACUGUCAAAUGUCAACAAAAACUUAACCUCAAUUUUCAAAUUUUAUACGACAAGAUUUUAAUCGUAUUAUUGUUGUUAUCCACUUUUUUUAAUUAUUUGGGCCACAAUCAAGCAAAAUGAAUCCUUUGACGAAUAUGAAAAACGUGAAAAAACUGAGCGAACAGGAGCUUUAUACUGGCAACAAGACGUCUUGGCACGACCAGUACAGAGACAGUGCUUGGGUCUUUAUCGGUGGUUUACCAUUUGACCUAACUGAGGGCGAUAUAAUUUGCAUUUUCUCACAGUACGGCGAAGUCGUCAAUUUAAACCUAAUCAGAGACAAGGACUCUGGCAAGUCAAAAGGGUUCUGUUUCUUGUGCUAUGAAGACCAGAGGUCCACCGACUUGGCCGUGGACAAUUUCAACGGAAUCAAAAUCCUGAACAGGACGAUUCGUGUGGACCACGUCAGCAACUACAAAGUACCAAAACAGGGCAAGAAGACCGACGCUGAGACGAAAAAACUGUACGAGGAGGGGUGCGCCCCCAAAGCCGUGCCUGUACAAGUCCCCAUCAAGGCCCCAGUGAAGAUCAAGAAAGAUCCCGAUGAUUUUCGCGAAACCCUCUCUGAUCAGAUCAAUUCGGAGAUCAAGCUACCGGAGCGUUUGCCAAUUUACACGAUAAAAAAAGAAAAAGUUGACGAGGAGACGCCACCACCGACCCCUGUCACAAAAGAGAAAAAGGAGAAGAAGCACAAGAAGGAGAAAAAGAAGAAGAAGAAGAAGAAAAAGGCCAAGUCUGACGACAGUAGCGAUUCAGAUUCCGACAAGAAGAAGAAAAAUAAGAAGAAAGACGAGUCAGGGUCUGAUUAUUCAGCCGAGGACAGUGUGUCAGAAGAUGAGGAUAAGAGGAAACGGUCUCGGAGCCCCAAUAAGAAGAGUCGCUGAUUUAUUAACAUCUAUUUACAGCUCUGUGCUUCAUGUCUUCAUUAUCAGUAAGAUCAUCUUCACUAUCACUGACUUUACUUACGUAUUUUUUUAAAAUAUGAGAAACAUUCGCUAGACUAUUAUUUUCUAAGUAAUAUAGUGAGAAAUGUGAUACUCCCGUAUUGAUUAUUCUAGCCCCUCCGAGACACUCACCGUCUUUUGAUAAGACAGCGUAUUGUCCAGGAGUGAUAGCCCUUUUGUAUUUAUUCACUUUGAUAAUCAAGCCUUUGCUGGUUUGACACACUUGGCAUUUGACCCAAUACUUGGUGUGUUGGAACUUAAAAUCGCACUCGAAAACGCCCCCAUUUUGCAAGUCGGGGGGUUGUGAGUGGAUCCAGUGGGGCUCACUUGUGAAAAUUAUGUUCGUGUAGAGGAGGGGAUGUUUUGUACCCUUGGCCACAUAAAUAAUAUUCUUAUCUACGUCUUUUCGUGCUACGAAGUAGGCACUUUCGUAGCUGGAGAGCCUCGCCCUUUGACCCAAAGUCCACUGGUGGACUCCAUUGUGCUCCCCCAUGACUCUCACGGUGUCAACAUCAACGAAAUCGCCUGGUUUGUCAUCAAUGUACUGAAAAAAAAAGUUUCAGUCAUGGCUAACCAACCAAUAACGAUUGCGGUACUUCUCUGAUAAAGUCCUGAAAUUUCCGAUUGCCGAUAAAACAGAUCCCCAUACUUUCCUUCUUCCUUGCGAUUUUCUCAAGUCCGUUUUCAGUUGCGAUUUUUUUGACUUGUGGUUUCAUCAAGUCGCCCAAGGGGAACAUUGUGCGUUGCAGAGCCUCCUGAUUGACUUGGCUCAGGAAGAAGGUUUGGUCUUUGAACCAAUCAGCGGCGCUUAGGAGUCUCACCCCUGUUUUUUUUUUAAUUGUAAAUUGACACAAUUGUGCAGUGAUACGAACCCUUCUCCAGGUUGUAAUGUUCGAGGAAAGCCCCGAAACUAGUCCGUGCGUAAUGCCCCGUCGCAAUGGCAUCCGCCCCCAACUCGUUCACGGCAAAUUUGUAAAAAUAAUUAAAUUUAAUAUUGCGGUUGCAGAGAAUGUCGGGGUUCGGCGUGUACCCAGACUCGUACUCUUUGAUUAAGUUGCUGAAAUUGAAUAUUGUACGAUUUUUUGGCGGGGAAUUUGAUUAUACCAAAACACUUCAUUCCAGUAAUGUUUGACAAAAUUAACGUGGGUUAAUUUAAUGUCCAGUUUGGCGCAUAUAAGAGCGGCGUCUUUGUAGUCGGCGUCGGAGGAACAGUAGCCUUUUUCGUCCGCAAUGUCCCAGUUUUGCAUGAAAACACCCUGUAUAUCAUAACCUAAAAUUUUUGGUCGGGUUUAUGAACAUUUUUGGAUGUGGUUCACCUCGCUUUUUGAGUAAAAGGGCUGCGACGGCGCUAUCGACGCCCCCAGAUACCCCAACCACCACCUUUCGGAUGUUUAACAUCGCUUUUUGGCCGUUUAAGGGGACAUAACCUAUAAAAUUUGGACGAAGUCAGCGGUACCAAAACUGUCAAUUUCAACUUGAUCAGCGGUAACAAUAGUAUUUAAAAAAUACACAAAAACCACAGAUUAAACUACGUUUAUUCAAUUCUUAAUUAUAAUGAUUAAUAUGUUUAUGUAAUUAGUUGAAAGUAACUACAUAAAACAAUUAUUUGUUUGAAUUCAUACGAUUUAAGCUUGUUAUCAGAAGUGACAUAAGUGUUGUCAUUCACAAAAGUGCUUGUAAAAUUGCUGAAUUUUCCUGAAAAAUAACUCACAAGUUUUCAACGACUAUUCCCAUUGGAAAAGCCACCAAAUCUAAGCAUAUUGAGAUGUUUAAUGUGGUAAUUUAUUAAUAAAUAUGGACAAGUUAUCACCCGUCGACCCUCCAGUGUUUAAUCUAUUGUGCCUCCUUAGAGAGAAAGGGGGUUUGUUGAAAAGAUCUGCCCGUCACGACCACCUUUUCAACUGCAUGAAAAAAAACGCCCCCGAGUUGUACAAGUGUGAAAACUGCGAGUUUACUGCCUUCCUCAAAGUCAAUUUGAAAAUCCACAAUGAGAUGUUCCACCGAUCAACUGGCAAAAACUUCACCUUUGAGAAUUUCCUCUCAAGUGCAAACGAGAAUUACAACAUGGAAAACAUAUUGAAAUUUCACCAUUGUCUAGAUUGCAAUUUCGGCACUUAUUCUCUGCUUUUAUUCGCGCGACAUCAAUUCGACCACCACGAGCCCAAACCCAAGCCAAAAAUGCCCCCAAUCGAGUCGAAAAUCACCCGAAAAACGCGCGCCCACAUCAGUUACAGGGCUUUCAAAGGCACUAAAUUAUUCGAAUGCGGCCAAUGCGACGCCAAAACUAAGAGUGUAUACUCUUUGAUGAAACACAUAGAAGUGUUGCAUGGGUUUUCGGACGAACUUAAGAUAUUUACCUGCGAGAAAUGCCCGUUUAAAUCGCAAUACGAGGGGGCUCUCAAGAACCACUUGAAACGACACGACGCGGAAAACAGCGACGAAUGGUUCGAGUGCGAUCAGUGCUCCUAUAAAACCAAACACCAGAACUACCUUCAUCGGCAUGUGAAAGCGAAUCAUACAGACCCCAAUAAUAAAAAGUACUUUUGCGAACAUUGUGACUACAAAGCYAAGAUGAAAUGCACUUUGAACGAUCAUAUCAUAUCCAGGCACACMGCUCUGGAAAACAUUAACUGGUUUUUGUGCGAAUUGUGCGCCUAUAAAUGCAAGCAUAAGCGGAAUUUGAUGCAACACAAGCGAGGGAAGCAUAAAUUAAACAUUUAAGUUGUUUCAAUGCAUUUAUUAAACAAUUAUAUUAUACUUUUGAUGGUGAUAGUUCUACGAGACAUAAAAUAAAAGAAUUUAAAUAAAUUGUGAUGUUUUUGUUUGAAAAAUGCUGAAUUCAAAAUUGGCAACUGUCAUUUUUAUGACCCGCCAAAUUUAAAAAUGACAUUUGGUUGUCUAUUUUUGUGCUCGCUGUACAACGAUGUUGUGAAUUUCUCUCAAACCAAUCAAAUAAUUAUUCUACAUUUUUGAUUUUAAUAUUUUGCCGUGUUUUGGCUUGCUAGAAAUAAAAAAUGCAAUAUGGUGAUUGGUGCUUUUCGGUUUCUAACGGUGGUAGUUGUGUAAAUAACUGGAACAUCGAAAAUGUGUGCCACACAAAAAAUAGAGGUCAUCGUCCCAUAGCAAGGUAUAAUGGACACUAAACCUCCAACGCUUACCGUCCAACCAUGUAACAAUGUUGGAAAAAAUUGAAUUUUUCGAUUGCCAAGAAUCCACAAUUUUUUCACAAUAUCAGUGCAAACUGUGCCCGUUUUUUUCCGAUUUUUUAAUCACUUUAAACUCACACGUUGAAAAAGUACAUUCCAUUGAGGGCCAGUCCUCUAAGGUUCGCUUUGAACUCCGCAAAUGUACCAAUUGUGGUUUUGAGACAUUCUCCUGUUUGGUCUAUUUAAGACAUGUCAACAGUUGUAAAAACACAGAAAUUAAGAGAAUUCGCAUCGGAGAUUUAAACUGGUAUAAUUGCCCCCACUGUGGUUACAAAUCCAAGUACAGAGGCUGCGUAAAAGCGCACAUUGUCUUCCGACACACCUCCUUUGAGGAAACGAAAUGGUUUGAGUGCACUUAUUGUGUCUACAGGAGCAAAACAAAAGGCGAUUUAAGGAAACACAUCCAGAGAAUUCACACUCGCCAAGGGAUCGACAAUAGGAAGAAAUUUCAGUGCGAAAAAUGCCCUUUCCAAACGAAAAGAAGAGCCUGUCUGAGGAUGCACAUGAUAACGCAGCACACAAACUGUGAUAAGAAGGAAAUCAAGACGGAAGUGUUAUAUUACUGCACAGUCUGCGAAUAUAAAACGAAGCGUUCAGAUAACUUGAAAACGCAUGUCAGGGAGCAACAUUCAUCACCAGAUGAUAUUAAAUGGUUUGAGUGCGACCAGUGUGAAUAUAAAGCGAAAAGGGGGAACAGACUAAAACAGCACAAGUUGAUGAAACACACGGAUUUGGAGAGGAUUCAGUGGUUUAAAUGCGGGCAUUGCGAAUAUAAGGGAAAAUUAAAAGUGAACUUGAAGGCGCACAUUUUGUUGCAGCAUAUUCAUUUGAAUUUGUAGCUUUUAUACGUGUUGAUACCCAUAAGGGGUCACUUUUUAUAACAAAAUAAUGUUACGAAUUGUUGGGGAUUGUACAUAAAAAUUUAUAUUAAUAAAUGGGUAUUUUGAGGG